GACUUCAUCCAGACCAACAUGAGCAACAGAUGAGUAACAUCAACCAGGUUCUAAUGCCCUUGUACAAGUUGUGACAAGAAAUAUCCAACUCAGGACGGAUACUGGACUAUAGCCGACCCUGGUCCCUUCUUUUUGGAUGCCGAGGUAGCCUUACCCCACGGCAAUCCACCGCAUAGGAAAGAAAGAUAUAAACAAACGAUCAAUCUCGGUCAGUGUCCUUACAUCACACCCUUCAAUACCCUGCCCUUCGAGACUUCCGCCAUGCAGAUCAAAGAUCGUACAUUCAUCGUCUCAGGCGGCUCGAGUGGUCUAGGGCUGGCCACGGUGAUAACUCUGUUGGAAAACGGAGCCAAUGUCUCGAUCCUCGACAUCAACCCUCCCCCAGCCUCUGCCCUCGCCCAGUUUCCUUCUUCACGAACCCUAUUCACCAAGACCGACGUGUCAUCCUCAUCCUCACUACAGACGGCUGUCAAGAACACGAUUCAAUGGAUCACAAAGUCGGCAAACCCGGCGCCUUUAUCAGGUACCAUCUGCAGCGCAGGCAUUGGGACAGCAGCACUCAGUCUCCCAAAACAAGCGCCCGAUGCGACCCACGAGACGGUUAAAUACAUGGACAUGGCCGACUUUGACCGCACCCUCGGGAUCAACCUGCGUGGCACGGUGGACUUGAUCCGGCUGACGCUGCCACAUAUGGCGCUCAACAAGCCUUGGGGCGAAGACGGCGAGCGUGGAAUCGUUGUCGUCGUGGCCUCCGUUGCUGCCUAUGAAGGCCAGGUUGGCCAGCUCGCCUACAGCGCUAGCAAAGGUGGCGUCGCCAGCAUCGUCCUCCCACUUGCCCGGGAGUUGGGCCAGAAGGCCGGCAUCCGCGUCCUCGGCAUCGCCCCAGGAGCCUUCCAGACAGGCAUGACGGUUUCCACAUCCAAGCCAGGAGCAUCGGGCCAGGCCAAACCCAAAGGCUCAACGGCCAAUCGUGCCGCCAUCAACUCGGAGAUGUUGCAGUAUCCUAAGCGCAUGGGAAAGGGCGAGGAAUUCGCCCGUCUGGUACGAGACAUGGUUGAAAACCCCAUGCUCAACGGCCAAGUCAUUCGCUUGGACGGCGCCGUUAGACUUCCCACCCGGCUGUGAGACAUGGCUGUCGCCCUUCUCGAGUAUCGAGGUUCUCAAGCGUUACGACCUAGUAGUGCGAAAUUUCCUCCAGCGAAGGACAUUCACCGUGCAACAUCUGGACUAUCGCAUCGGGCGUAGUAGUGUAUUCGUCAGAAAAUGUCUAAACCUGAGAUCUAAUUAUCAAAACAUCUUCGUCCUCUUCCAUCACGACGCCUUAGGCAAUGUCGGAAACCAG